AUGUCCUGCACUGAUUCAGGGGCGUGUGUAGCUGGCUGUGCAGCAGGAUAUGCUGGUUCAGACUGUUCAUGCUUUGAAAACUGCAUCGAGCAUAUUUGUUUCUCUGAGAACGGAACCUGUGCUACAGGGUGUGGCAAUGGUUAUAACGGUGCAUUUUGUACCUGUGAGAUUUGUAUUGAUGGGAUUUGUGACCAGGAGUUUGGAACCUGCACCAAAGGUUGCAACAUUACUGAUCAAAGAUGCAAGUCUACCUGUUCAGCUGAAUGUCCUAUAGAUACCUGCGUCAAGGAAAAUACAUGUGAGCCUACCUCGCAGAGCCUUCCACUGAUUAUUAUCGGAGCAUCAUCAGCAUGUUGCCUGGUUGGCAUCAUGGUAGCUGUAUGCAUUGGAUGCUACGAACGCACCAAAAGGCAAAAAACAGAUGACAAAGAAGAGGAAUAUCCAGCGGGACAACCGGAAGCACCCCAUUACGAGCUGAUGGAUAUUGAUCCUGAUAAGAACGAAACAGGCCCUGUGAUAGUUUUCCUUUAGUGUAGGGUCACGCCCCAUAAUCUCCCACCACACAACACAGCACAGCACAACACAACACAACAAACCACAGAACAGCACAGCACAUGAUAUAAUAUAGUCAAAGAAUACCACAUAGUUAUUUUUAGAAUAUAUUUUAUAACUUGCUUGAAUCUAUGAUAACACAUAACUUUAAAUAUAGUUCAGAAUUCUUAUCAUUCUUAAUUUCUACGGUAUAAUAAGCAUGCUUACCCGUCUUAUGCAGUAAUGCCUUAAGCAUUAUAUGUUAUACUUUCAUAUCAAUAGUUUGCAAAACCUAAACCCAAGCUGUCUGUCUUUGUGACAAAUGUUGACUAAACACUUGCCAGGUAAAACAUUCCCCAUGAAGAAAUCAAAACAGUUACAUCG